UGGCCCUUCAUAUAAAAUGGCAGAGUGUGAACCCCGCUGCAAGUUACCACUGUUCUAGAUUGUCCGCGAAUCAAAGUUCACACAAUUUUAACUGAACCUUUCACGAGAUCGGGCAAGAAGCAGCAGCAGCAGCAAUGGGUUGGGUGUGGAAGAAUGAUGAUUCCGACUACGUAUCUUCCUCAGUCGGUGACGUCGGCGAAUUUCGUGGCUCCGAUAACCCUAAAGUUGACGAUAAAGGCGACCGCUGCGCCACCCGCAAGGUGGUGACGUCGCAGUGCCGCACGGAGGAAGUGGAGCCUGGGAAAUUCAUCCGCAAGUGUGAGAAAACUGAACAGAUUUUCAAGGACUGCGUUGGAAGGCCUAGUGAGAUGGUACAAUCUAACAAAGAAUACACCGAGGAAGAUGUCACGGACCAAAUGGUUAAUGGUUCAUUUGCCCUAGAAUCUGCAGAGCGUGAACCCUUUUACUUUCCUGGGUUGCGUAGCGAUAUUGAAGCUAUUGAACGUGGUUUCUUUGGUGGCAUUAACCGAUUUUUCGAAGCAGCUGAAGAGAUGAAGAAUGAGUUCUUCAGUUCACUUGGGGUGCCAGACAUAUUUGAUAGAGAUUCUUCAUCACCACACAAUAAGCAGGGAAUUCACAUAGAAGAUGUCCCUCCGAGAGAAGCUCUUCCCAAGUAUAAUUCUGAUGGAGAAGUUGAUCUUUCUGGGUUGGCUAGAGACGUUUGAAGCUAUGUAUCUUCUGUUUUACAAUAUUUUCAAACCAAUUUCCCGUGUAUUGUAAAUGCAGUGGCUAGAAUUACUUUUGCCUGAUUCAUAGUGGAAGUAAGAGUUUCUCUUUCUUGCACAGAUGGUGUUAGUUUCUCCGGCGCUAGUGAUGGUUGAUGCUUGAAGUUGAACUUAAUUGCAGAACACCAUGUGGUUUUUGGUUCUUUUUAGGUGUAAAAUGUUGUAAUGAAUGUCCAGUUUACCUUGCGAGAACUGAUUUGGACAGCAGAAUGCAGUUAGCUCCUAGACUUGAUUCA